AUGCAUCGACGCUACAAGGAUCAAAGUGCGGCAGAGAGUUCCGCUAAACAGCAGCGAACUUUUGCCGAAGGACAGGAAAGCUCGGGCAUGAGCUCGUAUGACCAGGCCGAGUCUAGCUUGAAACCUGUCCGACUCGCAGCCACGGAUCCGUUGGCCUCGCACGAGUUCCAGGUUGCUCAUGAUGAACACGGCGGAAUGCGCCAAAAGGAACAUCCAUUUCCCUCUCUUGCAGCUGAUACCGGUGCCCUUCCUGAGGAUAGUAUCCAUACUGUACCCUCGCCCUUGGCCACACAAGGAAAUACUCGUGAACAUGGGGGCAGCAGCCAUACCGGAGAUUCAGUGACUUCUUCAAAUGCUAAUGAUGUAGUUCAUUACGAGCCUUCAACUGCGGACUCUCAACCCGGAGAGAUAGCUGUACCUCAACCCAUCCCUCCAGCACAUGUCGAAACUGAGUCUGCUCAAAGCACUCCCACCGAUCCGCUUCACUUCCCUUCGUCCUCCAAGGCUCUUACUGCCACUUCCUCUGAAAUAGGCCCUGCGCCAACCCUCGAGUCUGCCGCUCCUCAGCUUUCCGGAUCUUCUAAGAAAAUGACAGCAUGGUACGGCAUGGAGGUCCCCGACAACGAUGAUCCCGCGAGUCCCAAGAAGGCUAGUCCCUUCUCGCUCGGAUUGGGAUACAAGGAGCACAAGAAAGCUGCCCUUGCUGCCACUAAUGCGUCCCCCAGGGACCCUGUCAUGGCUAGCAGCCCCGCCCUCUCAUCGACUGCAGGUCCUUUGACUGGUUCCUUUGCGUCAGCCAACCCUGCGAGUAUUCAGCCUCUGAGACCCGAGGUUGCAAGCAACGUAGCUGCUCUUCGCUCUCUUUCGUUCUCACCCAGCCAGGAUCGACCUGUUCAUAUCCAGGAGACCAUGCAUGCACCGAAGCAUCAUACGGCAGCCGCAUCUACUGCAACUAGUGUUGCUCAUGAGAAUGCACCUGCGCCUUCUGUUGCUCCCUCAUCCACCGCUCCAGUUUCGGAUCCGUUGAUUUCAGCCACCACUGAAUCUCCUUCGACCCGAGCUCCCGUUUUGACAACUCCCACCAGGCCAAGAGCACCAAAGGCGCACUACUUGUCGAAAGCAGGUUCUUUCAAGCAGCGCAUCUCCUCGUCGCCCAGGUUCUCCAAGGCGUUCAGGAACAUGCCUGCCAACCUGAGGCGAUCGCAUGUGCCCACAGGGCCAGUCGUCAUGAAGGCACCUCCCGCACCCGCUGAGAAGCUUCCUGGAGCCUUCCCAGACUCGCCGGUCGUUGCUCCUGCUGAUACUCCUGCUGAUACUUCUGCUGAUACUCCUGCUGAUACUCCUGCUACUGCACGUUUGACUACCCCAUCUGUGGUCCCUGUCUACUCGACCCCUACUGCAAGCAACGAGAACCUCCCUAUAUUUGUCAGGCCGGACGAGUCCACCGCUGGAGCAGCGCAUGUUCUAGACUCUAAGGCCGUGGUUCCAGCCUUUUCGACGCCUACUUUGAGACACAGCGAUCUCCCUACCACUGUUGCUGCCCCCGCUAUUACUUCACACCCUGUCGCCGAGGAGAGCACCCCUGCUUCGAAAUCGGCUAUUGCAACAGCGGCUACUGCAGUUGCUGCAGCCGCGGCUGGUGUGUUCCAUAUGCUGAGCGAUCACUCAGGACACCCCGCCGUGACCCCAGGUACCAAAGAGACUGACGCUGCCACCGACACCGCUCCUGCUGCCAAGGCAACGACACUGCCUGUGAAGCACUCGACCGCUGCGGCCCUCAAGGCUCCCAAGAAGGACUUGUCUCUCUUCGAUGAGGAAGAGGGUACCUAUCCCCGUGGCGAUGAGGAAGUUAAGAUGGAGAAUCCUGCGCACCCAGCUGUGGUUGAGGAUGUUAUUGAGGUCAAAGAGUUCCCAAAGGCGGCUUUCGCUGCUCUUGCUGUCCCUGCUAUCGUGGCUGCUACCCUCCCCGAGCACCACUCGACUGCCGCGGCACUCAAGAAGCCCAAGAAGGAUCUGUCAUUGUAUGAUGAGGAGGAGAGCACCUACCCUCGUGAUGACGGAGAUGACAUGCACGAGAAUCCUCGCAAUCCUUCUGUGAUCCAUGAUGUUAUGGAGGUCGACAAGCUCCCAAAAGAGACUUUCGCCGCUCUCGCUGUCCCUGCUGUCAUGGCUGCUGACCACCCCGAGCACCACUCGACUGCUGCCGCUCUCAAAAUGCCCAAGAAGGAUCUGUCAUUGUAUGAUGAGGAGGAGAGCACCUACCCUCGCGGCGACGGAGCUAUCAUGCACGAGAAUCCUCCCCAUCCCUCUGUGGUCCAUGAUGUUAUGGAGGUCAACAAGCUCCCAAAAGAGGCUUUCGCUGCUCUCGCUGUCCCUGCUGUCAUGGCUGCUACCCACCCCGAGCACCACUCGACUGCUGCCGCUCUCAAGAAGCCCAAGAAGGAUCUGUCAUUGUAUGAUGAGGAGGAGAGCACCUACCCUCGCGGCGACGGAGCUAUCAUGCACGAGAAUCCUCCCCAUCCCUCUGUGGUCCAUGAUGUUAUGGAGGUCAACAAGUUCCCAAAAGAGGCUUUCGCUGCUCUCGCUGUCCCUGCUGUCAUAGCUGCUACCCACCCCGAGCACCACUCGACUGCUGCGGCCCUCAAGGCUCCCAAGAAGGACUUGUCUCUCUACGAUGAGGAAGAGGGUACCUAUCCCCGUGGCGAUGAGGAAGUUAAGAUGGAGAAUCCUGCGCACCCAGCUGUGGUUGAGGAUGUUAUUGAGGUCAAAGAGUUCCCAAAGGCGGCUUUCGCUGCUCUCGCUGUCCCUGCUAUCGUGGCUGCUACCCUCCCCGAGCACCACUCGACUGCCGCGGCACUCAAGAAGCCCAAGAAGGAUCUGUCAUUGUAUGAUGAGGAGGAGAGUACCUACCCUCGUGAUGACGGAGAUGACAUGCACGAGAAUCCUCGCAAUCCUUCUGUGAUCCAUGAUGUUAUGGAGGUCGACAAGCUCCCAAAAGAGACUUUCGCUGCUCUCGCUGUCCCUGCUGUCAUGGCUGCUGACCACCCCGAGCACCACUCGACUGCCGCGGCACUCAAGAAGCCCAAGAAGGACUUCUCGUUGUAUGAUGAGGAGGAGAGCACUUACCCUCGUGGUGAUGAGGCUGACCAGCAUGAGAACCCUGCUCACCUGCCUGGAGUUAAGGAUAUUGUGGAAGCCACGGCUGCCCCUGUGGUAAUGGGUGGAACUCGCCGAGGUUCUCAGUCGGGUAUGAAAGAAAAGGUCAAAGGGGUCUUCAGUGGAUUUCAUAUGCCCAUGAUGGGUCACAAGAAGGAUGAGAAGGACGCCGAGGUUGGAGCCACUACAACGACCACCACGUCCCCCACAGAUCUUAAACCUGCGAUGGCUGGUGCGGUAGCGGUGCCUGUUGCAGCGACCAUCGCAGCUGCCUUGCGCGACACUCCUGAAGAUGAGCCGUUCAUCGAGCCGCCUCACCACAGGUUGGCAUGGGGCUCUGUGGUGACCACGAAGCCACUUUUUCGCAAGCCAGCGGCGCCAUUGAUAGAUGAAGAAAAGACGACCCUGAUCUCUGCCAGGAAGCUGGAGCCCUUGUCGGUGUUGCCGCCCUCAGGCAGUGUGUUGGAGGCGGACAAGGCGACCUCGAUCUCUGCCAAGAAGUUGGAGCCCUUGUCGGUAUUGCCGCCCUCUGGCAGUGUGAUGGUGACGGACAAGGCGACAACGACUGAGCCUGCGCAUUCUUCACAUGAGGUCACUUCUCAUCCUCAUGUUGGAGAUGCAGUACCUGUUGUCAUUGCUGCCGCUACUGCUGUUCUCACCACAACAGCAACGACGAUGGCUAUGAAGAGGGAGAUAUCGGAUAUGGGAACAAGCACGCACCAUCCUACCGUUGCAGCAACUGAGGAGCAUCCUACCACCGCCGCCGCCGCCGCUGCACACCCAACCGUCACUUCUAGCGUUGCCGAUGCCACAGGCGGUGUCGCCCCUGUGCCUGUCACACCCGUUACAACAGCGUCGACAACCGAAUAUGCUCACCCCACAGAAACAGAAGCUCACCCAACCCCCGUUUCUGACUCGUUCAAGACCAAGGCGUCUUUCUUGGCCGCCGCGGUAGCUGCUCCUCUGGUUGCUGCAAAGGACAGGAUCACUCAUCGUCACGAUGGCUCUGCAACCCCUAAGACUGCCGCAACUACCGCAACUACCACGGCAGUGGAUCCAGACAUCACAACACCACAUGUGACUACUGCAGCUCCUCAUGCAACUACAACAACGUCUCAUACUACCACAUCUCCCACAUCCAAGGCCGCUCUCUUGGCUGCUGCUGUUACCGCUCCUUUGGUAGCAGCAAGGGACAAGCUUAUUGGUCACCACCGUGACGACAAAGCCACUCAAACUACAACUCCAGCCACUAGGGCUGUCCCAAGUUCUGGUCUCCAUGCGUCGAAGGGGGCUUCAGUCGAGGUACCCAAGGAACAGACGGUCGUCGAAAAGAAGGUCAUCGGAAAGGCACCAGAGGAUAUUGCGUCCAAGAUCCCUCAUAACGACGACGAGGAGGUGGUUAUGGUCGAGACUAUCACCACAAAGACCGUCACCACCAUGCCGCCGACCCGUACGCAUGUUUAUGAGCCUGGUGGUGCUACUGUUGCGGAUACUGAGAAGCCUGUUGAGGAUGCGCAUACGGAGGUCGAUAAUACUGAGACACACUCCGCCAGGCAUGUUGGGGUCAGCCCCGUCGAGGCCAAGCAUGUCGAAGCCGCCAAGCCUGUUGAGGUCGAUCACACGAAAGGCAAGCAUGAGCCAAGCUCUACCAACUCGGUCGUCGCGGCUGUCACGGGUGCUGCCUCUGCCGUUGCCGCAGUCCUCUCUGGCAGAAGGCACUCGACUGUUUUUAACACUAAUAAGACCGUCGCUGAGAAGGCCCACGAGGUGGCGCCUGCGACUGCUACUGUGCCCCACGACGCUAAUGAGGAUAUCACGACGAUGACACCUGCGAGCCCUACCUCGACUACCGGUGUUGAACCUUCUGCCCAUACGCAUGUUGUCAGCCCCGUUGUUGGAACCCAUGUCACCAAGGCCGAGGAGACUAUUGCUGCUGCUGUGCCAGUUUCUGCAGCUACUGCCGACUCGACUACUCACCCUGUCGAUAGGCAAUAUACGGAGGCUACGUCUGUCACGCCUGAGGAGGCUGUUAUUGGAGAGGUCCCCGGAACGGCCGCGUCAGCUGUUCCUCACAAGCAUGAUGAAGAUGAUGAGGACGAUGAGGAUGUAGCUACCACCACGGAGGAUUCACCCGCCAUGGAUGCCAAGGGCAAGCAUGUCGAUCGUCUCCCUGUUGUCGCAGCGGCUGUUACUCCCGUUGUCGUCGAAACAGCACCCGAGCCUGACGUUGCUGCCACAGAGAUCGGGACCAAGGAGGCUGAGAAAGAGAAGAAGAAGCAGGAAAAGCUGGCCAAGAAGGAGGCAAAGAAAGAGGCCAAGAAGAACCAGGUCCCCCUAACGACCAAGAUCAACAAGUUCACCGGUGCAGGUAUUGCCGCUGCUGCCGCUGCUGCUGCGAAUUACAAGGACCGUCUGCCAGGCCACUCUAUGCCGGCCAUCCAAGUCACAGAGGAGGAUGUCAAGAAGCCAUCUAUGCCUGUGGUUGCCGCCCCGCUGUUGACCAUGACGGAGGAUGACGUCGAGAAGCCAGAGAUCCCAGAGGUGCCGGAACCAAUUUUCACGGUGACGGAGGAUGACAUCGUUGUUCCUCACCCAGUCCUCACGAAACACCCCGUCUUGACGGUCACUGAAGACGAUGUCGAGUAUCCUAGCCCCUUGAAUGCUCCUCACCCAGUGAUCCCUUACGUCGAACCCAAGCUCGUGUCGACCUCGGCGCUCAAGGUCGCAAGCGCCCCUCGACCUACGAUCCCUGCUCAGCCUGUCCAAGGCAAGGACAUCAAGCUACCCAAGGUCACGAUCCCCAAGAUGACGGCUCCCAAGAUGAAGUCCUUCAAGAUGCCCACGCUGAAGAAGAAAACGUCUAAGGGCAUCGCUACGACUGCUGUUACAAUUCCAGAGCCCAAGAUUAUGACCCAUGUUAUUGAGUCCGUCGAGCCUGCUGUCGUUAUGGAAAUCGCUGAGCCGGUGGUUGAGACUUUCACGACUCGUGUUGUGGAGCCCGUUGUUGUCCGCAAGUCACAGCCGGCCGUUGUUGAGGCCGUUGAUGAAGCACCCAAGACCGUUGUUUUUGAUGCUCCCAAAGCUGAAAAGGCCUCCAAGGUUGUUGAGGCACCCAAAUUCACUCUCGUGGAACCACUACCAAAACCCGUGAUUUUUGAGGCACCCAAGCCCUCGCCCGUCGUCAUUGAGACCCCUAAGCCAGUUGAGGUUCCCAAGUCGGUCAUCGUCGAAGAGCCUCCAAAGACCGAGGUUGUCGAGGAGUCCUCACCCCCUCCAGCUCCAGUCCCGGCUCCAGUUCCAGCGGCAACAGCAGCAGCAGUACCAACACGGUCACCAGCACCAGCACCAGCUCCAGCUCCAGCUCCAGCUCCAGCUCCAGAGGUAGUCCCCACGAUCUCUACCAACGUCGAUACAGUCAUCCCAGAAGGAUACUCAGGGGCUGUUCCCCGAGUUGGCGCGGAUGAGUCGCUGGUCUGGGUCAAGAAAGUGCGCACCAAGAACGACUACUACGACUCUGAUGACGAGGAUGAGUUGGACGAGUUUGGGCACAGGAAGGAUCGUGAUGUGAGUCUGUACGUUACCCCGGGUAACAAGACCGGUAUCCAGGGUGGACAUGAUACAGCUGAUAGUGGAGCUGAUCAGCGGGUGGAUAAUACGUCGGAGAAUCAUACGAAUGCAGGAAUUGCGAACUCUUCGCAGCCUAAGCAGACAAUGAUCGGAGGGUAUAACACUCAGCCUCGUCAGUCUGCUCUUUAG